CUAAAAUAAGGCACCAAUAAGGAGCGUCUUGUUGUAGCUGUCACCGAGCUCUGCGAGGAUCGCCGCGGUCGCUGCUCCGCUUGUAGGAAAUCUGGACUUAAAACUGUGAGAGGGGAGGGAGAGAGGGGGGAGAAAAAAGCAGGAUUCAUGGAGGCUCUGUGCAGCUUCAUCGAGCAAAACGCCUGGAUUAUCUGAUUUGGGGAACGGGAGCGUUGCACAGUUUAAAGGCGAGACGUGUUUCUUUUUCUUUCUCUCUCUCUCUCUCUCUCUCUCACGUUGUGCCACCGCCGUGUCCAACUCUAUAGGCUGCGACGUGUUUUUGUUUGGAGCUGGGGCGGUAUAGUUUUCGGAGCUUCUGUCAUGGCGGACCAAGAGGAGACUUUUGGCCUCCAAAACUCUCCUGGUGGCUCGGAUUCAAGGGAAGUACAGAGCGAUAAUAAAUCAGAGAAGCAGAACGGGACCUCGAGCAAAUCCCCAUCCUCACAGACAACUUACAUCCAGCAGGUCAGUAUCAGUCAGGGAAUGGAGGGAAUAAAAGUCUACCUGCACGAGAGGGAACUGUGGAUGAAGUUUCACGAGGUGGGGACGGAGAUGAUCAUCACCAAAGCCGGAAGGCGAAUGUUCCCCAGCUUCAAAGUGAAGGUCACGGGACUAAACCCCAAAACUAAAUAUAUUCUCCUGAUGGAUGUUGUUCCUGCGGACGACCAUCGAUACAAAUUCGCCGACAAUAAAUGGUCUGUGACCGGGAAGGCAGAGCCCGCAAUGCCCGGGAGGCUCUACGUUCACCCGGACUCUCCCGCCACGGGGGCGCAUUGGAUGAGGCAGCUCGUCUCCUUCCAGAAGCUGAAACUGACCAACAACCACCUGGACCCGUUCGGACACAUCAUCUUAAAUUCGAUGCACAAGUACCAGCCGAGGAUCCACAUUGUGAAGGCGGAUGAAAAUAACGGCUUUGGCUCCAAAAACACGGCCUUCUGCACCCACGUCUUCCCCGAGACUGCCUUCAUUGCGGUUACAUCCUAUCAGAACCACAAGAUAACCCAGCUGAAGAUUGAGAACAACCCAUUUGCGAAAGGUUUUCGUGGAAGCGAUGACAUGGAACUGCACAGGAUGUCCAGAAUGCAAAGCACUAAGGAGUAUCCAGUAGUGCCUCGCAGUACAGUGCGACAGAGAGUGGGCUCCAGCCAGAGCCCCUUCAGCGGGGAGGUCCAGGGCAUGGGCACCCCGAGCACCCUGAGCUCCCAAUAUUCCCAGUGUGAGAACGGGGUCACAAGCACCUCACAGGACAUGUUGCCUCAGUCGGGCUCCUACCCCCUGCCACAUGAGCACAGCCAGGAGUACCACUGCAUCAAGAGGAAAGUGGAGGACGACUGCCACUCAGGUGAGCACAGCUAUAAGAAAGCCUACCUAGAGAGCUCGUCCAGUGAGGAGGACCAUUACUACCGCCCCGUCGGCUACGCCCAGAGCCUCGGCCUGGCCGGUGGGCCCUACCGCAGUGAAUCCAGCCAGCGGCAGGCCUGUAUGUAUGCCAGCGCAUCACAGGGCGCUGAGCCUGUUCCCAGUUUGGAGGACAUCAGCUGCAACACUUGGGCCAGCGUCUCACCCUAUGGGAGUUGUUCUGUCACCACCAUGCAGCCAAUGGAGCGGCUGCCCUACCAGCACUUCUCUGCUCACUUCACCUCAGGGUCUCUGGUGUCCAGACUCGGCGGGGUUGGGGGCCACGCCUCACCGCAGCUGGGCGAAGGCCACCACGCAGCCAUGUACCAGAGCUCCAUGACCCACCAGACUCUGGGCCGCCAGUGCAGUCCUGGGGCUGGGAUCCAGUCCCCAACAGCCGGUUUACAGGGAAACGAGUACCUCUAUACACACGGCAUCCCACGUACAUUAUCGCCACACCAGUACCACACUGUACAUAGUGUCAGCAUCAUGCCAGAGUGGAAUGAGAACAGCUAA